AUGGCUGCCGUGAAAGUUCCGGGCUCUGAGCAGCGUCCUUGCAGAUAUCUCAAGGCUUUAAACAUAAGGAAACGGUUUCUCCUCCCAAUAGCAGCGCUGUGUGCCCUGCUCUGGGUCUUUGUAAUCGCAGCCAGUAUCUUCUCUGCCGUCUAUGAGAAGAAUGCUAGCUCACACGACGACUAUCCGCCCAUUCGAUGGAUACAUACACUGAAAGACUGUGAUGCAGGCCAAAUUGUAUGGCUGUUUAUUCCCGUUGCCAUUGAAACAUUCCAUAUUCCAAUCCAGUCGUGGUUAUAUACCAGAAACAUGCUGCAUCCUAUCACAGCCCUGGUGCUCUCGUUCUGCUUCAUGGGGUUAUGGCUGUCCUUCUCCGUCCUGGCUCCGUUGAUCGAUGCCUGCGUUGAGCAAAUAUUCCCUGAUGCAUGGUACGGCCUAUUUUGGGCCCGGCAGGUGACGGGAUAUUUGAUCACGCUGUUGUACCUGGCGUAUUUUGGAUUUUCGUGUGUGGCAGUCCAUCGCUGGAGAUGCGGACGGAAAGCUGCAGACGGCGAGUUGAGUGACGGUGAUAUCGAGCUGAAGGCGUAG